CAUAUAGUUUGUAAAACUUAUUUCAGAAAAUGUUACAAUGGCUUUUUCGUAUUCUUCUACUUUUCAUCUUUAGCGUAGACAAUUCAGAGGCGGAAACCUGUAAGAAGGAAGUAUUUGGAGUUACAACUUAUAAAUCCUGCCCCGAAUCUGAUGAUCCAGCUUCUUAUAAAUACUGUUGUGGACCUUCUUGGGGCAGGUUUUGCUGUGACAAGCCUCUCAGGGAAAAUAAAGUGAUAUUGGAGUUCGGACCCACGACGGAGGUGGAGCAGGGAACGGAUCUUAACCUCGAUGGUGACCUUGAAGGGAAGAAGGACAGCCAUAAAGAAGAGAAGGUGGUCACUGUCGGCCAGCUCUUUGAGAACACUAUAGAAGGGAAGAAGAAAGCGAUAUUCAGAGAUUUUGAUGAGGACUUUGACGACGACUUUGAAGGUAUUGCAAAGUUGAUCGGUAUUGUGGUGGGUAGUCUCUUUGUUAUUGCAUUCCUAAUCCUGGUUGGAUGUUGCUGUAUACCCUGCUGUUUCCUAGCUAAGAGAAGGAAAAGAACCAGAGGGAUGGUUCAUAAUCCUGCAGGAACCCAGCUAGCCCAGGCCUUAUAUCCUACCCAACCACGAGGAGCUCUUAUUCAAUCUCGUCCUCAGCCUCAACCCUAUCCGUACACACAGCAUCCAGCAUAUCCUCAGUAUCCUCCACAGCCCACAGGAUAUUUACCUCAACCCUGCACUGAUGUUGGAGGUCCACCUCCUGGUUAUCCGGCCCAACCUCCUCCAUAUCCUGGACCUCCGAGUACUCCUCAACCUCACUCUGGACCUACUCAAUCCUACUCAGAGAAGCAGCCUGCCUUUAAUCCUAAUUCAUCCUAACCAACCACAGAUUAAACAAGAUUGAACAGGAGAUGUCUUUGCUAUGUUAAAUCUGCAUCUUAGUGCUUGAUAACUUUAAAGCAUACAAUAACAAUAACAAACUGUUAGCUAUAAUAAGUCAAUAACACACAGCUUUAAUUUGUUGGGGACCCUCUCUAAAUUAGUUAAAAAUGGUUUCGUAUGAAAGGAUUGAAUUAAAAUUUGGUUUUCAUUUGUAAUCUGCAAUACUUCUCCUGAGAUAUCCGAGAUAUUUAACAGCGUAUGCUUUAAGGUUAUCAUAUACAAACUUUCUAGAACUAAUGCUGAAGAAACAUUUUGUCUAAUAUAUGACACCUCUUGCUUAAUGCUUGUAUGGCCUCAAAUUUAUGAUUAAAAAGCGCACAAUUUUGUUCAAAUUACAGACCGUGAUUUUAGUAUUUUACCGUCCGAUAAACAAUCUUUAUAAUAUAACCAAUGGUUGAAGAUAUAUUUUAAAAAAUGGAUUAUUUGUUCUGGUGUACCUCGUGUACCUAAUUCAGGGGCGGUUACAAGGGGGGGGACAUUCGCCCCCCCUGAAUUUGGAAUUUUUUUGUUCCUAUUUUCAGAAUAGCUUCUCAAUAGCAUGCUUAAG